AAGAGAAGGAAUUGAAGAGGGAAAAAAAAUUUGCAUUUUUCCCUCAUCAGUUCUGUGCAAUUUUGCCCAAAAGUAGAAACGAUUCAAGAAUUGAAACCCAGAUCUUGUCUCUUCUUGCCUCCCCCUGUGUCUUUUUUUACACUGCUCUUCUCCUUCUCUGUGUGUUCAUACACUAUCUGUGCUAUGUUUCUUGAAACCUGAACAAGAAGAUAGACAUAUAUGGUUUGUGUGAAUUUGGCUGAAGUUGUGGGGUGUGUGAUUUGAACCAUGCAGGGUGAUGAAGAAAGGUCAAAAAGGGACAGUGAUGUGGAUCGAUGGCUUCCGAUUACUUCGGCCAGAAACGCGAAAUGGUGGUACAGUGCAUUCCACAACGUCACCGCUAUGGUUGGAGCUGGUGUCCUUAGUCUUCCGUAUGCCAUGGCACGACUAGGAUGGGGACCAGGUGUGGCUGUGUUGAUCACAUCAUGGGUUGUCACACUAUACACUCUAUGGCAAAUGGUAGAAAUGCAUGAGAUGGUACCUGGGAAGCGUUUUGACAGAUACCAUGAGCUUGGGCAGCAAGCAUUUGGGGAAAAGUUGGGCUUUUGGAUUGUGGUACCCCAGCAGCUGGUGGUUGAAGUGGGAGUGGACAUUGUGUACAUGGUGACAGGAGGAAAAUCGCUCAAGAAAGUUCAUGACUUGCUCUGUGAAGACUGCAAAGACAUGAAGCUCUCUUACUUCAUUAUGAUCUUUGCCUCCGUCCACUUCGUGCUUGCCCACCUCCCCAACUUCAACUCCAUUUCUGUUGUGUCUUUAGCUGCAGCCGCCAUGUCAUUAAGUUACUCUACUAUUGCCUGGGCGUCUGCCACCAGCAAAGGCGUGCAACCAGAUGUUAGUUAUGGCUCUAUAGCUUCCACCACAUCAGGGUCGGUUUUAAACUUCUUUGGUGCCUUGGGAGACGUGGCCUUCGCAUAUGCGGGACACAAUGUUGUGCUAGAGAUUCAGGCCACUAUCCCUUCGACCCCCGAGAGGCCUUCCAAGGGUCCUAUGUGGAGGGGAGUUAUUGUCGCGUACCUGGUCGUUGCUGUUUGCUACUUCCCGGUUGCUCUUAUAGGGUACUGGAUGUUUGGGAACACAGUGGAGGAUAACAUUCUCAUCUCCCUUGAGAAACCUACUUGGCUCAUAGCCAUCGCCAACAUGUUUGUUGCUGUUCAUGUCAUUGGUAGCUAUCAGAUCUAUGCAAUGCCUGUUUUUGACAUGAUAGAGACAUUCCUUGUCAAGAAGCUGAUGUUCAGGCCGAGUUGGUACCUGCGCUUCAUUGUUAGGAACACUUAUGUGGCACUCACCAUGCUCUCUGCCAUCUGCAUCCCUUUCUUUGGAGGUCUUCUUGGAUUCUUUGGAGGAUUUGCUUUCGCCCCAACAACAUACUUCCUCCCAUGCAUCAUGUGGCUUAUUAUUUACAAACCAAAGAAAUUCAGUCUUUCUUGGUUCAUCAACUGGAUUUGCAUUAUACUUGGAGUAACUUUGAUGGUUUUGGCGCCUAUUGGAGCACUAAGAAAUAUAGUGUUAAAAGCAAAGAGCUACAAGUUCUUCUCCUGAACAUCACAACCUUGAGAGAAACUCAGCCAAGAAGCAGCCAGAAGUGUUUCCAGAAUUCCUAUUAUUUUCAUUGUAAAUUUUCCUAUAAUGCAUAUGCACUCAAUUCUCGUAUCAGCACAGUAUGGUUGUAUU